GAAGGUGAAAGUCUUCCAUCAUCCCGCUCAGCCAGCUGAUCAAGUGACAGCUCGUCUCUUCGUGCUGCCGCAGCCUCUCACAGUGCAAAAAAAGUAAACAAAAAAAUAAAUAUAUAUAUUUUUUUUAAAAAUGUCGCUGUUUUCUGAAGUCCCCCAGGCUGCCCCCGUGGCUGUCUUCAAGUUGACGCAGGAUUUCAAUAACGACCAGUUUCCAAAUAAGGUGAACCUCGGAGUAGGAGCCUAUCGGACAGAUGAAGGCCAGCCCUGGGUUUUGCCGGUGGUGAAAAAAGUGGAGAAGAUCAUUGUGCAUGAUGACAGGCUAAACCACGAGUACCUGCCCAUCCUGGGCCUGCCUGAGUUCAGAUCCUCAGCCUCCAAAAUAGUACUGGGAGACAACAGCCCUGCCAUCCAGGAAAACAGGGUCGGGGCUGUCCAGUGUCUGGGUGGUACAGGUGCUCUGAAGAUAGGCGCAGAGUUUCUAAGGCGGUUCUACAAUGGGAGCAACAACACCAAAACACCCAUCUAUGUGUCUGCACCUACCUGGGAAAAUCACAAUGCUGUGUUCAGCAGCGCUGGCUUCGAGGAUGUUCGUCCGUACAGGUACUGGGACGCGGAAAAAAGAGGCCUUGAUUUGGCUGGCUUCCUUGGUGACUUGGAAAGUUGUCCAGAGCACUCAGUCUUUGUCCUGCAUGCUUGUGCCCAUAAUCCGACAGGCACAGACCCCACGCAGGAGCAGUGGAAACAAAUCGCUGAAGUUAUGAUGAGGAGGAAGCUGUUUGCGUUCUUUGACUCGGCUUAUCAGGGAUUCGCCUCAGGUAGUCUGGAGAAAGAUGCCUGGGCGGUGCGCUACUUUGUUUCAUCGGGCUUUGAAAUGUUCUGUGCCCAGUCGUUCUCCAAGAACUUCGGACUCUACAACGAGCGUGUGGGCAACCUGACCGUUGUGGCUCGCGAUGCAGAUAAACUGAAACGAGUUCUCUCCCAGAUGGAGAAGAUUGUCAGGAUCACCUGGUCCAACCCACCGUCUCAGGGAGCUCGCAUUGUCACCAUCACUCUUACCUCACCUGAGCUUUUUAGUGAAUGGCAAGAGAAUGUGAAGACCAUGGCUAACAGGGUCUUGCUGAUGAGGUCUCAGCUGAAAGCUAAGCUCCAAGCUUUGGGGACACCAGGGACCUGGGACCACAUCACAAACCAGAUUGGCAUGUUUAGCUUCACAGGCCUCAACCCCAAACAAGUGGAAUAUUUGGUGAAGGAGAAGCAUAUCUACUUAAUGGCGAGCAGUCGCAUCAACAUGUGCGGUUUAACCACCAAGAACAUCGACUACGUGGCCGAGUCCAUCCACGAGGCCGUCACCAAGGUCCAGUAGAAGAACGGCACCAUAUCUCCAAUUCUCACCACUUCCUGCUGCAUUUCUGAUCCAUCAUGAUCACAGGGAAUGUGUUUGCAUCCAGGUUUCCAGAUUUUUCUGGAGCAAAUACAAAUUCUCACGUGGACAGAGAGCCCACAGGCCCCUGGUUUCUCAUUCUUUUUCAGUAUUUGUGCUAUGCUAGGCUAAAUGCAUGCUGGGACCAAGUUCUCUAUAGACUGCAUAAAGAUCGUUUGGAUCUUUUUUAAGAGCCACAAUUUUCCAAACUCUGGAGUACUUAUGUAAUUGUGUUCAUAAUUUUUCAGCCUUAUCUUAGUCCCCAAUGUAUUGUUUGUAGCUCAAAAUAUGUGUUUGGUAUUUCAAGUUUUAUGCAUCAUUAGAAGCAAGUCUGUGGCUGUAUUACGGUUCCUCAGCAGGGCUGACUCUACAGUCUAAAAAUGUUAUACUGUUCAUGACUCAUCCAUUCAAAGUGUGAAAUAUAAGUAUUUGUGUGGACAGCAGUAAGAGUUGUUAAGGGGAAUGAGAAAAAGAGAAUAUUAACAUGACUAAUCUGUAUAUUUUUUUUUUCUUUUUGCCUGUCCCGUUUGGCUCUUUUGCCAUCAGAAUUAUUGUCUAAAGGCGAAGAAAGACGGAUUUACUUUACCAAAUUGACCAUCCCAGCCUUGCCAUACUAUACUAUACGAUACUAAUCUGUAUAUUUGUGUUUACCACCCCGACGAUGAAUGAAGAGUAAAGAGGCAGUGUUUGUCAUUUCUAGAUUAAAUGUGAACAAAUGUUCUAAGGAGGAUUUAAGCCUGAACUAUGUAAUCAUAUUCAUGAUAAGGCUCUAUGCUAAUGACCUCACAUUUAAUCUGUAUUUGUAGAGUCUGUUUUUUGCUUCCAGCUGACAUUCAGUGAGCACAAAUGACACUGAGCGUUCUGAACAGGUGUCAUGAACCUGGGGUCGUCACUGCAUGCUGAAGGGUUUUGAUGUUUCUGGUUCUGUCAGGUACCUGCCAGUGGAUGUUGACUCUUCAUAGCAGCCGGGCACCGUUACGCAACAUUCGUUUGUCACAGCACAAACAAACUAAUGAUCAACCAGGUUGCUGUCGCACUACUACGCAGGGCAUUUACGAAACAGACGUAUUGUUUAGCAAUGAAAAUGUCCUCAGACAUUCUGAUCAAAUGAAUGAACUACUUCAAUAAAAAACUGUCAAACAGA